AUGAACGGCGACGGCUACUCUCGCGGCCGAGGAAAGGGAUCUCGCGACUAUCCGAGAGACCGUGAUGAUAGACGCGGUGGUGAUAGAGACAGACACCGAGACCGAAGACGUUCCCGUUCCCCCUACGACCGAAGCUCUAGACGUCGCGAGGACGAGGACAGUUACGCGACAAGUCGCAGCCAUCGCGAGCGCGAGCGUGAGGACAGAUACUCUGGGCGCGAGAGACGUGGUGGAGAUCGAGAGUGGGAUCGCGACCGCGGUUCCUCCAGACGCGACGCUAGAAGAGACGACGACGAUCGCCCGCGGAGAGAUCGCGACCCGUACGACGACAGACGCCGAGGCGGAAGAGACAGAAACGAGGAUGCCGGGUUCGGCCGCCGCGAACAGCAACAACAACAACGCCAGCGUAGCGCGACGCCACCUCCCAAGAAGAGGGAGCCAACACCUGAUCUGACAAACAUCACAUCAGUCUUGGAGCGCAAGCGACGUUUGACUCAGUGGGACAUCAAACCCCCCGGCUAUGAGAAUGUCACUGCUGAACAAGCCAAGCUGUCAGGCAUGUUCCCUCUGCCCGGUGCUCCUCGCCAGCAGCCCAUGGAUCCCAGCAAGCUCCAGGCCAUCAUGAACCAGCCCGGUGGCCAAGUCAACAGCGCCGCACUGAAGCCGAGCAACUCGCGCCAGGCAAAGCGUCUGCUCAUCAACAACCUUCCCCCAUCCACGACCGAAGAAACCCUCCAGAACUUCUUCAACUUGCAGCUGAACGGCCUCAACAUUAUCGAGAGCACCGACCCUUGCACUAGCUGUCAGGUUUCAAAGGACAGCUCCUUCGCCGUGGUUGAGUUCAGAAACGCUUCCGAAGCCACCGUAGCGCUGGCUCUCGAUGGAACCUCGAUGGAGGCCGACGAUGUCACAAAUGGCGCAGCGGGUAGCCAGGGCCUCGAGAUCCGUCGUCCGAAGGAUUACAUUGUUCCCGCGGUGGUUGACGACGUCCCAUACGAGCCGGGCGUUGUUUCCAACACGGUGAUUGAUACUCCAAACAAGAUUAGCAUCGUGAACAUGCCCCCCUACCUUUCAGACGAACAAGUGUCGGAGCUUUUGGUGUCGUUUGGCGAGCUUAAGGCGUUUGUUCUUGUUCGUGACAGAAGCACAGAAGAAUCUCGGGGCAUCGCAUUCUGCGAGUACGUUGAUCCAGCAGCCACGGACGUUGCCAUUCAGGGUCUCAACGGCAUGGACCUUGGAGACAAGAAGCUCAAGGUUCAGAAGGCCAGUGUCGGUGUGACUCAAGUUGCUGGAGUGGAAAUGGGAGUCGCAGCCAUGUCUAUGCUGGCUGGAACGACUUCAACGGACUCUGAGGAAACCCGUGUUCUGCAACUUCUGAAUAUGGUCACUCCAGAGGAGUUAAUGGAUCCCGACGAUUAUGAGGAAAUCAAGGAGGAUGUCCAGGAAGAGUGCGCCAAGUUUGGCAACGUCCUUGAUAUCAAGAUUCCUCGUCCCGUGGGAGGCAGCAGACAAUCUGCCGGUGUUGGCAAGAUCUUUGUCAAGUUCGAGACCAAGGAGUCGUCCAAGAAAGCGCUCCAAGCACUUGCAGGACGCAAGUUUGCGGAUCGCACUGUUGUUACCACAUACUUCCCCGAGGAAAACUUCGAAGUCGGUGCCUGGUAA